CUUGUCUUCAGCUCAUGGCAUAGGCUACUUUGCAAAAUGGCAGGAGAGUAUAAAAGGCUAGCUGCUUGCGCACUUGUAAACAGAUUUCCUGAUUACUGUCACUUUGGUUCUCAUUCUAAUAUGUCUGGACGCGGCAAACAAGGCGGCAAGGCGCGUGCCAAGGCCAAGACGCGCUCCUCCCGCGCCGGCCUGCAGUUCCCGGUAGGGCGAGUCCACCGCCUUCUGCGCAAGGGCAACUAUGCCGAGCGGGUCGGGGCCGGCGCGCCGGUGUACCUGGCGGCGGUGCUAGAGUACCUGACGGCCGAGAUCCUGGAGCUGGCUGGCAACGCGGCCCGCGACAACAAGAAGACGCGCAUCAUCCCGCGCCACCUGCAGCUGGCCAUCCGCAACGACGAGGAGCUUAACAAGCUGUUAGGCCGCGUGACCAUCGCGCAGGGCGGUGUCCUGCCCAACAUCCAGGCAGUGCUGCUGCCCAAGAAGACCGAGAGCCACCAUAAGGCUAAAGCCAAGUGAAGCAACCAAAGUCUGUGUGUAGCUACCUAAGACCCAAAGGCUCUUUUCAGAGCCAUCCACAUUUACAUUUAAAGAGCUUUGUAACAGGCUUUACCUAGUUUUCGUAGCACAGUAGGUAAACUUUAUGUACCUGAUCAGAACCCUUAAGGUCACUCGCUAUACCCGUGGCUGAAGGAAAAUGAGACGCCCUGAAAGCUGUGAGGAAGGAAAAUGAGAAAAAUUUUUAAUUGCUUUCAAGUAAAGACUGGUAGGGGCAUACAAA